GUUAAUACAGGUUCAGGUGUGCACUUAAAAAGUAUGGCAAAUCUAUUCUAAACAGUGUCAAGUAUUUGCAGACAGGAACAAUUCUCACACGGAGGGUGAAACACUCUUUGUUUAUACUGUAAAACACCAUUUUCAAAAGCCCUUGAUUUAUUACAUUCAGUGCUGUGGAAGAAUAAGCGGGCAGCAGUUCUCAAAUGCAUUGAAGGACCAAGUUCUUGGAUGUUUUAUCUCAGUGACGUAACACGGCCACGCUGGAGAGGGAGCGGUCACGCGCACACGCACACGCACACGCACAGUCCGUGUACGCGCACAGGUAGACUACCAUCAUCAGUGCUCAAGUAAACUUGGAAAUCACAGCCGCUGGACUCGAAGUAACAGGUUUAAAAGCGUAUUCACCAUUAUGUCAGUCCGCUCAAGACCUGGCUAUUAUCGCCAGGAAGUGAAUAAAACAGUUUGGGAGGUGCCUGAGAGAUAUAGAGAUCUGAAACAGGUGGGGACAGGGGCAUAUGGUACAGUAUGCUAUGCAUUUGACCGGAGGAUGGGGGCAAAGGUGGCCAUCAAGAAACUCCAUCGUCCGUUCCAGUCUGACCUGUUUGCUAAAAGAGCUUAUCGGGAACUCAGGCUGCUUAAACACAUGAAGCAUGAAAAUGUUAUUGGACUCCUGGAUGUUUUCACCGCAGACCUAUCUCUCGACAAAUUCCACGACUUUUACUUGGUCAUGCCUUUCAUGGGUACUGAUCUUGGAAAGUUGAUGAAAAUGGAGAGAAUGUCAGAGGACAGGGUUCAGUAUUUGGUUUACCAAAUGUUAAGAGGGCUCAAAUAUAUUCAUGCUGCUGGGAUCAUACACAGGGAUCUCAAACCAGGCAAUCUGGCAAUAAAUGAAGAAUGUGAGCUCAAGAUCUUGGAUUUUGGCCUAGCAAGGCAAGCAGACAGUGAAAUGACGGGCUACGUUGUGACUCGCUGGUACAGAGCACCAGAGGUCAUACUCAGCUGGAUGCAUUACACACAGACUGUGGACAUCUGGUCGGUUGGUUGCAUCAUGGCAGAGAUGCUGCUAGGGAAACCACUGUUCAAAGGAAAUGACCACCUGGAUCAGUUGAUGGAGAUCAUGAAGAUUACUGGGACCCCCACAAAAGAGUUUACUGCCAAACUACAAUCUGAAGAUGCUAGAAACUAUGUUGCGAAGUUACCAAAACUUAGAAAGAGAGAUCUUCGGGCAUUGUUACCAAAUGUUAACCAGCAAGCGAUUCAUGUUUUAGACUGCAUGUUACUCUUGGACCCUGAAAGUAGAGUAACAGCGGCAGAAGGACUGGCUCUUCCUUUCUUCUCUGAAUUCCGUGAACCAGAUGAGGAGACCGAGGCCCCACCGUAUGAUCAUUCAUUGGAUGAGGCUGACCAGUCAGUGGACCAGUGGAAAAGACUCACCUUCACUGAAAUUUUGACCUUCCAGCCAGGGCCAGCAGGGACGGAGUCUAAAGAGACAGCUCUUUGAGAUUGCUUAUACUGAACACCCCAAUAUUUUUACAUAAUCAAUUUUCUUUGUACCAUUUGUCAUAUACAGACUUGUGUUUCCUUUGUACUGUUAUUGUGUCCACAAAGUGAGUUGUGUGCUGUUUUAUUCAGCGUUUCAACUUGUUUUGCUCCAUUGUUGGUACAGUUAAAUCACCAACUUGAAUUAGACAGACCUGCAGCUAACCUGCUGAAGAACUUGAGAGCAUAAAUCUGGGCAAAUAUGUGACUGUAAUACAAAGCUUUUUCUGUGGAGAGAAUCCCAUCAGGCAAAGUACAAGUUAUUAUUCAAAUUAAUUCUGUAAUUGCGUUUGAGUACGGUAAUGUAAAUGUCUGUAUGCCUAUACAUCUCUUUGUGUAUGUGUCCUCUUAAAUGGCAAAAUGGCUUAUCGACCUUUAGGAGAAAAAAAAAAAAUGUUUUGUAAAACCCCACAGGCAAAUACAACAGUAUUUGCAACAGUAUUAACUUAAUUAAAAACAGUUUGUCAACCUUGCCACAGUCACAGCUGCAGAGAAUACAGGAUUUUUUUUUUUUUUUUUUUUUUUUUUUUUUAAUCCAGAGGAAAAUGACAAGUGUACAUUUUGAGCCAAUUUUUUUGAUCACAUUAAACAUUUGUUGUAUAUUUUAAAAUUCUUACGCGAAAGCAAAAGUAGAGUGAUUAAAAUAGUUUUAAAAUA